AUGAAAUUGUUCAGUUUGCUCACUUUUGUGUUGGCGGUGAUUGCCUUGUUCGCGGGAUUCACAGAUGCAAACCCCAAAGUCAAUGUGGACGCAAUUAGAAAAGGCGGGAGAGCUAUAAGAAAAGGCCUCGGUGUCGUUGGAGCAGCAGGCACAGCACACGAAGUGUACGAACAAGUAAAAAAUAGAAGACAAGGCUAA